AUGAGGGGAAGUAAUAAUAACAGUCGCCAAGUUCUGUGCUUUUUUUCUGCUCUGUUUUUCCUUCAUUUUGCUCCUUCUCUGGGUCUAACCAUUGAUGGAACCCUCUUGCUUUCUUUCAAAUACUCCAUUCUGGAUGACCCUUUGUCAGUUCUUGAAAAUUGGAACUAUGAUGAUGAAACUCCAUGUUUAUGGAAAGGGGUUGCAUGCGCACAAAUUGGUAGCCCACCAGAUGUUUUUAGGGUGGUAAGCUUAGUUCUUCCUGAUUCCAAGCUAUUGGGUUCAAUCCCAGAAGAUUUGGGCUACAUUCAACACCUUAAAACGCUGGACCUUUCAGGCAAUUUUCUAAAUGGCACUCUGCCGUUCUCACUUUUCAAUGCAUCGGAGCUGCAAGUUUUAUCUCUCUCCAGCAAUUCAAUCACUGGUGGGCUUCCGGGUCUCAUGCCGGGCCUAAAGAGCCUCAAGUUUUUGAACCUUUCUGACAAUGCUUUGGCAGGAAAUGUCCCUCCAAUGUUGUCUUCUUUGCAGGAAUUAACAGUGAUUUCACUCAGGAAAAAUUUCCUUUCGGGUGUGAUUCCAAGUGGAUUCCAGUACGCUGAAGUGCUGGAUUUGUCAUCCAACUUGCUCAAUGGUUCCUUGCCGGUUGAAUUUAGUGGAGAAAGAUUGAGAUACUUGAAUCUUUCUUCCAACAAGCUUUCUGGGCUGCUUCCUCCAGAUUUCGCCAAGAAAAUCCCAGGAAAUGCCACAAUUGAUCUCUCAUUCAACAACUUCACCGGAGAGAUACCAAAAUCAAUGGCGUUAUCUAAUCAGAAAACAGAGUCCUUCAGGGGAAAUUUAGACCUCUGUGGAAAACCACUCAACAAAGCCUGCACAAUUCCUUCAAGUUUUUCCCUUCCACCACCCAAUGUCACCGCCACAAACUCUUCAUCUCCAGCAAUUGCAGCUAUUCCUCAAACAAUUGACUCAAACCCAAAUCCCAAUGCACCUGGGACGACAACAUCAGGCUCAAGUCAAGGACAACAACACGGUCUAAAGCCGGGAAUGAUUGCUGGCAUGGCCGUAGGUGGCUUAGCAGGCAUUGGACUUAUUGCAAUGGUUUGUUUUUAUGUCUAUCAAGUUAGGAAGAAAAGAGCAGUUGAAAGCAGCAAAGACAUUCCGGAAAUCCAAAAGAAUUAUCACCAAGAUCCCCAUUUCUCAGCAGCAGCAAUUCAGACAACAACAUCAACAGUAACAACUAGAAAUCUGAGUUUGCCGUCUUGUCCAUGCCUAACACUUGGAAAUGGAGAAGAAACAUCAGAAACCACCGUCUCCGAUUGCGAUGAAAAGAAGGAAAUGGAUGACAUUGAAGAUCACAUUCACCAGGUUGAUACUCAAAGCGUGAAGAAUGACAUAAAGAGUAAGUACAUGGAUGAGAAAUCACUUGUCAUGGUCGAUGGUGAAACAGAGCUCGAAAUAGAAACUCUGUUAAGGGCUUCUGCGUAUAUUUUGGGGUCUAGUACUGCUGCGAGUAUAGUUUACAAAGCUGUUCUUCAGAAUGGCACUGCAUUUGCAGUUAGAAGAAUCGGAGAAAGUGGAGUUGAGAGGUUUAAAGAGUUCGAACAUCAAGUGAAGGCCAUUGCCAAGCUGAGACAUCCCAAUUUGGUUGUGCUCAGAGGGUUCUGUUGGGGAGAAGAUGAAAAGCUUGUCAUUUAUGAUUACAUCUCCAAUGGCAGUUUGGCCAAUGCUGAUUACAGGAAGAUUGGAUCAUCACCUUAUCAUAUGCCGUUUCAAGUACGGUUAAAGAUAGCAAAAGGUGUAGCACGAGGACUAGCCUACAUCCAUGAAAAGAAACAUGUGCAUGGCAACAUCAAGCCCAGCAACAUUCUUCUGACACAAGAAAUGGAUGCAGUAAUUAGUGAUUUCGGACUUCAUUGGCUAAUGUACGGCAAAAAGAACACAAACCAAACUGACCCUCAUUCUUCAUCUAGGCAUUUUGGUAGCCGGAGGGCCGAUCCUGCGAUGACGUCAGCUGGCAGCCCCUGGAUCGCGCCGGCGUUAGGGUUCAUGGGUUGCACCUCACCAUAUCAUGCCCCUGAGUCCCUCAAGAACCUCAAGCCUAAUCCUAAAUGGGAUGUUUACUCCUUUGGAAUAUUAGUACUAGAGCUUUUGACCGGGAAAGUGUUUUCAGACCGGGAAUUGGGCGAAUGGACGUCAUCCGAUUUAGUGAUGGAAGACAAAUACCGGGUUUUGGCAAUGGCUGACGUGGCAAUUAGAGGCGAGGUGGCGAACCGGGAGGAUUUAGUAUUGGAAUGCUUCAAAUUAGGCUUUAAUUGUGCUUCAUUGAAUCCACAAAAGAGACCUUCCAUGAAAGAUGCACGUCAAAUCCUGGAGAGAUUUCCAUGUUCUUAA